UUGGCCGCCUACAUUGUCGCGGUGGCCGCUCCUGUCCCUGCGCUCCGUCCCGCCGUAGCGGGCGCGCCGUCAUGCCCGAACGCGCCGCCGGCGCCGACCGCCGCCGAGUUCCCCGGGUGUACGCCCGUUGCGCUGCCGCGCGAGGAACUGGACGACUGCGAGUUGCGCUUCGAGUACUGGGACGCCGUCAGCGAGACCGCUUGGGUGUGUGAGCCGGUCAGUCCGUAUCACGAGUCGCCGGCGCGGUGUCUGACCGGCCUGGUGACCCUGAUUGCCCGGAUGCGCGGUUCUCCGAUCAGGUGCUUCGGUUGCAUGGACCUGCUGCAGCGCGACCGGCACGGUGAGCCGUGGAUCAUCAUGCAGGCGGACGAGUCGGUGUACCUGCAUCCGGGACGCGCCCGGCUGCCGGGGCCGAAGGCGAUGAUGCUGGGAGAGGACGACCUGCCCGACGUGGUGCUGGAGGUGGAUCACACCACCGACGUACGGCGGCGCAAGCUGCCGCAGUACGAGUGGUGGGGAUUCCCGGAGGUGUGGGUGGAGGUGCCGGACGCGCCGUCGGCGAGCCGUCCAAAGGGGCGACAGUCAGGCUUGACGAUUCACCUGUUGGAGGACGGUGCGUUUCGGCAGUCUCCGGCAAGCCGAGCGUUUCCCGGCUGGACGGCGGAGGAAAUCCACGCGGCGCUGAACGAGGCGGCGUUCUCCGCGGCAACGAGCGCGGCGCUGGAACGGGUGGGACGGGCGCUCGGCCAGCGGGAAGGCACCGGCCCGGACGACGAUCCGUUGCUGCGUUCGCAACGGGCGGAAGCGCGGACGGAAGCGCGGGCGGAACUGGCGCGAGAGCUGCUGGUGGCGCGCGGCAUCGCGGUCGGGGUGGACUUUCCCGGCGUACCGGGAUUCGCCGAUCUGCCCGUGCACGCCAUCGCCGCCGCGGCGGCUGCCUGCACCAGCCAGGCGGACUUCCGGGAGCGCCUGCGCCGCUGA